CAAAAUGUUAGAUUGUGGUUACAAGUCACAGUUUAUGGAUGGCCAGAAAGAGAAGUUUGUAAGGUAGUGGAGACACAAUUUGGCAAAAAGGUUAAGCAAUUUCUCUCAGACAAUGCAACUGACUACUUCGAGGGUACCUUAAACAUCUUCCUUAAAGAUGGAAUCAUACAUCAAUCAUCUUGCACUUACACCCCACAACAGGAUGUGGUUGUUGAGAGAAAGAAUUGCUAUUUACUUGAGACUGCUCAUGCCUUGUUGGAUCUUCCUGGGUAGUGUAAAUACCUGUGACAUAUGCUUCAGAAAAGAAGGCCAGUUAAAUGCCUUUCACCUCACAUGUGCUUCCUUUGCCUUGCAAAUUGUGAAUCCUUAUCUCAUUUGCUGCUUUCUUGCUCUUUUGUACUUGGAAUUUGGGAAUUGUGUUGUUCUCUUUUUGGUGGUAGGUGGACCUCUCCACAGGAUGUAGUAAGUCUUUUCUGCCCAUGUUUCCUGAUACAACCAAGAAAGAGAGGAAGAAUUAUGUGGAAAGCAAUUUAGGAUGCAAUAGUGUGGAUUGUUUGAGAGGAAAGGAAUGGAAGGAUAUUUAAUGAGAAAAGUAGAUUGAAAGAGGAAAGUUGUGAAGUUAUAAAAAUUAGAGCGGCACAUUGGAUGAAGACACUUGAUAUAUUCAAAGAUUUUUCAGUGAAUGACAUCAUAAGGACACAUGGACAUGGACUGAAGUGGCAUUCUCUUCUAAAGGAAAGGUUGGACGACAUGGAUUCCAGAUUAUCAUUGUCAUCAGAUGCUGGAGUGAACCGAUGCGGAUUCAACAUUGAGGGAUUGAAUUGUGCUGGUAGUGCAACUAAUACUCCAUCAGGACCAUCGCAUUCCUUUAGGAUGGGAAUGAGGAAGGGUUCAGAAGGAUUGUUGUCACUAGGUCGAUCCAUUCGGUAUGGGGUUACUCGUGCAGUGUUUCCAGAAGACCUUAAAGUGUCAGAGAAGAAGAUAUUUGACCCCCAAGAUAAAUUCCUCCAGAUGUGGAAUAAGCUCUUUGUCAUAUCGUGUAUUCUUGCUGUAUCAGUGGAUCCUUUAUUUUUUUAUCUUCCAGUUAUUGAUAAAAAUUCAAACUGUUUGGGUAUAGAUAAAAAAUUAGCAAUUACAAGUACAACACUGCGGACAAUGGUUGAUGCCUUCUAUGUUAUUCGCAUGUUUUUCCAAUUCCGCACGGCUUAUAUUGCACCAUCAUCUAGGGUUUUUGGUCGAGGUGAACUUGUAAUAGAUCCUGCACAGAUAGCUCAGCGGUAUUUGCAGCGGUAUUUUGUUGUUGAUUUUCUUGCUGUGCUACCUAUACCACAGGAUAUGGAGUCGAAGAGGAUGAUUGAGAGUGGCCAUGAGAUUGUGGUAUGGAAGUUUCUUCGAAGAUCAAAAGGUUCAGAUGUUCUGGGUACCAAACAAGCAUUGCUUUUCAUUGUGUUGCUUCAAUAUAUACCCAGAUUUACCCGGCUGGUACCCUUGACUGCAGAAUUGAAAAGGACUGCCGGUGUCUUUGCUGAAACUGCCUGGGCUGGUGCUGCAUACUAUUUGCUGUGGUAUAUGCUUGCUAGUCAUAUAGUUGGGGCUUUUUGGUACUUGCUAGCUGUUGAACGCAAUGAUGCAUGCUGGCAUAAAGCUUGUAUUACUAAUACAGUUGGAAAUGUAACUUGCAACACAAAUUACUUGUAUUGUGGCAACCGGCAUAUGCAAGGCUACAGUGAAUGGCGACAAAUCAGUACAGAUGUUCUUAAUAGAGUUUGUUCUGCAGAAGGUGACGAUCCACCAUUUAACUUUGGAAUCUAUACACUGGCUUUGACCUCUGGUAUUGUCACAUCCAGGAACUUCCCAACCAAAUUCUGCUUUUGUUUGUGGUGGGGUCUACAAAACUUGAGUACCCUUGGCCAGGGGCUAGAAACCAGUACGUAUCCUGGAGAGGUUAUCUUUUCCAUAGCACUUGCUAUUUUUGGACUUAUCCUGUUUGCUCUUCUAAUUGGCAACAUGCAGACCUAUCUCCAAUCUCUUACAAUUCGGCUUGAGGAGAUGAGAGUCAAAAGGCGUGAUUCAGAGCAGUGGAUGCAUCAUAGGUUGCUGCCACAAGAGCUCCGUGAGCGAGUUAGACGGUACGAUCAGUACAAGUGGUUGGAAACACGAGGGGUGGAUGAAGAGAGCUUGGUUCAGACCCUACCAAAGGACCUUAGGAGAGAUAUCAAGCGGCAUCUUUGUUUGGCUUUGGUUAGAAGAGUUCCUCUGUUUGCAAAUAUGGAUGAGCGAUUACUAGAUGCCAUUUGUGAGAGGUUGAAACCAAGCUUGUACACUGAGAGAACUUACAUUGUCAGGGAAGGUGAUCCUGUGGAUGAGAUGCUCUUCAUCAUACGGGGUCGGCUGGAGAGUGUGACUACUGAUGGUGGGAGGAGUGGAUUUUUUAAUCGUAGUCUACUUAAAGAAGGGGAUUUUUGUGGGGAGGAGCUCCUGACCUGGGCACUGGAUCCCAAGGCUGCUUCAAAUCUCCCAUCAUCUACCCGCACAGUCAAAGCUUUGUCAGAGGUUGAGGCUUUUGCCUUGAUAGCAGAGGAGUUGAAAUUUGUUGCCAGUCAAUUUAGGCGCCUUCACAGCAGACAGGUUCAGCACACUUUCCGUUUCUACUCACAGCAAUGGAGGACAUGGGCUGCCUCCUUUAUCCAAGCAGCAUGGCGUCGGUAUACCAAGAGGAAACUUGCAGAGCUUCGACGUAAAGACGAAGAAGAGUUUGAUGAGGGGGAUGACUGGGAUGAGGAGGAGGAGGAGGAGGAGGAGGAUGAGGGGGAUGAGGUGGCUAGUGAGAGUACAGGUGCUGGUUCAACCCGUCUUGGUGCAACCAUUUUGGCAUCCCGGUUUGCAGCAAACGCUCUUCGAGGAGUCCAAAAGUUACGGAAUUCAAAGAGCAUUAAGGAAUUGAAGCUUCAGAAGCCUCCUGAACCUGACUUCACUGUUGAUUAUGCAUAAUGAAAUGUUGACGAAUAUUGCAUGGACUCUACUCAAACUCAAUGGAUGAAGUGUCCAACACCGCAUCAGACUUCAACAGUUAUGGAUUUUUAAAGGACACUUGUAUAUGACAUUUCUUUUUUCUCCUUACUUGUACAACAUGUGUAUAGCAAAUGUGGACAAUAAAUUUCAUUUUUUUUUCUUGUAAAAUGUUAUUAAUAACAAAGAUAAUAUACCUAAUUUGACAACAAA